CAGCUCGAUACUGGUGAGGGGCAUACCAACUUUCGUCAAAAAUGGUGGCAGUUGUGGUUACCUAAAGACCCGCCACCUCCAGCUCCUCCGUCUCUGGAGGAUGCAGUGCUGACACCUUUGGCCAAUGCUUCCAUUUUCUCUCAGCUCACAUACACCUGGGUAACCGAUAUAAUCGUUCUUGGAUAUCAACGCACGUUACAAGCGUCUGAUCUAUACAAACUGGACACAUCCCGAGAGUCAGCCAUCCUUGCCCCUAAACUUGAAGCUGCAUGGCAGCGGCGUGUUAGGGCAGCAGCCGACUGGAAUGCACGUCUUGAAAGCGGAGAACUCAGGCCAUCUCUCUUCAAGCGCACCGGCUGGGCCUUGAGUGCAAUUUCCAGGAAACAAGGCACGACUUGGUCUGAGCGACGUGCAGCGUUUCAGAAAUAUUGGCAAGAAUCCGCAGGGCGGAAAGAGGCCAGUCUUACUUGGGCUUUGAACGAUGUCUUUCUUAGUAUGUUCUGGAUCGGAGGUGCAUUAAAGGCAUGUGUCUUUGGCGAUACGGCACAACUCAUGGGCCCAAUAAUCCUUCGGCAUAUCAUCGUUUUUGCAGAGGAGCGUUCCGCCGCAAUCAUUGCCGGAGAACCUGUUCCAAAUAUCGGUCGUGGUAUCGCCAUGGCUGUUGGGCUCUUUGCGCUCACAUUGUCGUCUAGCAUCUGCAGCCACCAGUUCUUUUGGCGUUCAAUGGCAGUGGGCGUGCUGGCUAGAGCCGCACUGAUAACGUGCAUUUACGAGCGUGGAGUGAACCUCACAGGCAAAGCGCGUGUGAAACAUGACAACGCCACGCUGGUCAACCAUAUUUCCACAGACGUGAGCAGGAUUAAUGCAGCUGCUCAGUGGUUUAUGACUUACUGUUCUCAAGCCUGGAUCGCGCCUAUUCAAAUCAUGGUUUGCUUAACCAUUCUUUUAACCCAGCUCGGGCUGUCUGCGCUCGCUGGUUUCUCGCUAUUCGUCCUCAUCAUUCCACUUCAACAGCGGCUAAUGGCACUGCAGUACCGUAUUCGCUUAGGGUCGAUGAAAUGGACUGAUCAACGAGCCAAGGUCCUGUUAGAGGUACUCGGGGCCAUACGCGUUGUCAAGUACUUCUCAUACGAGAUCCCAUUCCUUCAAAAAAUAUUCGAGCUUCGAAAGAAUGAACUGCGUGGCAUCCGAUGGAUUCUUCACUCGAAUUCUGUGAACUUGGCGCUCGCUUCUUCGCUCCCAAUCCUUGCUGCUACACUAGCUUUUGUCACGUACACCUUUACAGCGCACAACUUCGACGCUGCCGUCAUAUUCAGUUCGCUGAGUUUGUUCCAGCUUCUCCGGCAACCAAUACUCUUCAUGCCUCGUGCUCUAUCGGGUAUCCCUGAUGCAUCUAGCGCGAUUCAGCGGCUCACGCACCUGUUCCACGCAGAGCUUAUUUCUGGAGAUACGCUUGUGAUCGACAAGGACCAAGAACCCGCGCUUCUGGUGAAGAACGCGACGUUUGAGUGGGAGUCGUUCGCGAAGGAUUCUGGUGAUGAUUUGAGCUCGAAUGGCGUACCCGGCGACGGCAGUCCACCGAAGGGCAAGGACAGGAGCGUGAAGGAGGACAUGGCGAAGGAAAAACCCGCUCCUGGAAAAGAAGCCUCUCUCUUUAAGGUAAAGAAUGUGACCAUGACCAUCCAACGAGGCCAGCUCGUCGCUGUAGUUGGACCUGUCGGAAGCGGCAAGUCCAGUUUAUUGCAAGGUCUAAUAGGAGAGAUGAGGAAGGUCUCCGGACAUGUCUCGUUUGGCGGGCGCAUUGGUUAUUGUCCACAGACCGCAUGGAUUCAGAAUGCUACGUUGCGUGAUAAUAUCACUUUUGGCCAACGAUUCGAGGAAGACAGAUACUGGCGCAUUGUUAAGAUCGCUUGUCUACUUCCUGAUCUCCAACUGCUCCCAGAUGGGGAUUUGACUGAGAUCGGAGAAAAGGGGAUCAAUCUCAGUGGUGGCCAAAAGCAGAGAGUCAACCUUGCUCGUGCUCUGUACUUUGACCCUGAAGUUGCCAUCCUUGAUGACCCGCUCUCAGCAGUGGAUGCUCACGUCGGAAAAUUCUUAUUCCAAGAUGCCAUCGUUGGUGCCCUGCGAAAUCGCGGCAUUACCGUCAUUCUGGUCACGCAUGCGAUCCACUUCCUCUCUCAAGUAGAUUACAUCUAUACGCUGAACAACGGCGUCAUUACGGAGAGCGGGACCUACGAAGAAUUAAUCUCCCGCGGUGGUGACUUUGCGCGUUUGGACCUGGAGUUCGGUGGUCAUGUGUCGGAGGAGAAUGAUGAAGGCCAGGCCAAGGAAGUCACUCCGCAUACAGGUAUUACCAUCGAGGAUGUGAAGUUGAAGUCGGAACGAGCCAGAAAAAAGGCUACUGGCAGUGGUAAAAUCGAAGGUCGCUUGAUCGUCAAAGAGAGGCGUUCGACGGGAUCUGUGCACUGGGGGGUGUACUGGACCUAUUUGGUUGCGGGACGCAUUUCAAUAAUAGGUCCUCUACUUCUUUUCUUCGUCCUUGCGAUGCAGGGAAGCCUAAUCUUGAACUCGUACGUGCUAGUUUGGUGGGAGAACAAUAAAUUCGAGCGACCAAACUCGUUCUAUCAGACGCUGUAUGGCUGUCUAGGGGUUGCUCAAGCGAUCUUCACAUUCUUUCUCUGUGUCGGAAUGGACAUCAUUUCCUUUUAUGCGUCUCAAAACCUGCACCACAGGUCCGUUCGUAAAGUCUUUCAUGCACCAAUGUCCUUUUUCGACACAUCACCUAUGGGCCGAAUCUUGGGCAUUUUUGGCAAAGAUAUUGACAGUCAGCAUCUCACUAAUUUGUACUAUUUGUCUAUAUGCUGUCCAGCCUUGUGGGCUCUAUCACCAUCGUUUUCUAUCCUUGAACCGUACUUUGUUAUUUUUGUGUUCCUCGCUGCUCUUGGUUAUGGCUACUUCGCUGCGUUCUAUCGAGCCGGUGCUCGCGAGGUUAAACGCCUGGACUCUAUGCUCCGCUCUCUUCUGUAUGCCCACUUUUCGGAGACUUUGACAGGACUUCCUACCAUCCGGAGCUACGGAGAGAUGAAGCGGUUCAUUGCCGCCAAUAGAUACUACGUUGACCUGGAGGACAGAGCUCUAUACCUCGUGAUUACGAACCAGAGGCAAGUAACCCUAUACAUAUCUUGGCGAUGGCUUGCAGUAAGGUUGGACUUCAUGGGAGGCAUAUUAGUCUUCUUUGUUGCUCUUUUAGCGGUAAUCGACGUCUCCGGGAUAAACGCAGCUCAGAUAGGGUUGGUACUGACAUAUACCACCUUGCUGGCACAAACGUGUACUCAGUUAACCAGACAAUCAGCAGACGUCGAGAAUAACAUGAAUGCAGUGGAACGAUUGGUACAGUACGUCGCAGGGGACACGGUACCUCAAGAGGCUCCGCAUGAGAUUGAAGAACGAAAGCCCCCAGCGCAAUGGCCUGAACAUGGUGCGGUCGAAUUCAAUGAUGUUAAAAUGGCAUAUCGGCCGGGCCUUCCCAACGUAUUGAGGGGAAUUUCGGUGAAGGUCAGGGGAGGCGAAAAGAUAGGUGUUGUGGGAAGGACUGGUGCUGGAAAAUCUUCAUUGAUGCUCGCACUGUUUCGAAUUGUUGAGUUGUCUAGCGGUUCAAUCACUAUCGAUGGUGUCGAUAUAUCUACAAUUGGUCUUAAAGAUCUUCGCUCCAAGAUUUCUAUUAUCCCACAAGAUCCUCUUCUAUUUAGCGGGACCAUGCGCUCCAACCUAGAUCCAUUCUCCCAACACAGUGAUGCGGAGCUGUGGGAUGCACUACAACGAUCUCGUCUACUUGAUUCUAGCAUCACUUCGACACAGCCAUCUUCCAUUGAUGGCGUCAGAACCGAGCAAGCUUCCACUGGCCGCCACGGCCUUGACAGCACCAUUGAAAGCGAGGGAGCGAACCUCAGUGUUGGGGAGAGAUCUCUACUCAGUCUAGCUCGUGCGCUGGUGAAAGACUGCAAAGUCGUUGUGCUUGAUGAAGCCACAGCAUCUGUCGAUCUCGAUACUGAUACCAAGAUCCAGCACACAAUCCAAACGGGAUUCCAGGGUCGCACGCUACUUUGUAUUGCUCACCGACUUCGAACCAUCAUCUCAUACGACCGGAUUCUGGUCCUCGAUGCUGGCCUUAUUGCAGAAUUUGACACACCAUCCAAUCUCUUUAAAGUUGAGGGCGGACUUUUCCGCGGGAUGUGUGAGAGGAGUAAUAUCUCAUUGAAAGAUAUAGAGACGAGUAGAGGGUUUGAAUAA